AUGUUAGGACUUGGCAUCAAACAACAUAACCUGCAUUGCCUUCUCCUGUUUCAUUCAUAUAAUAGGACAGAGGAAAUAUUCAAUAUUAUCAACAAUGAAACAAUCUUUGGAAUCCCUGUCGCAUCUUCUCUCCUCAAAAGAAUACGCGACUGCUAUAAUGCUUCGAUUGACACGUCGCUAUUGCCACUGGACACCAACACUAGUGAUAUCUUUGGAUGUAUCUAUGAUGACCUGGGCACUGGAAGGCUUUAUCUCCGACAACGACGGGAUGGACUCAUUGCGUUGUAUUGUACCAAUGACAUUGUAAAUGGCACCAUCAUAACACAAUACUAUGCCCAAUUCAAUAUCGAUUAUACAGUCGGGCGUACCUCUAUACCUCUUCACAACAUCAAGUCUGUCAUCACUGGCACGUACCCUGGUUGUAGCACCGACUCGCUGAAGCCUUAUCCGACACAGUUCUGCGGUGUUGGUAACAUGGCCAAUGUGGGCAAGGCAUUCAAUUGUUCAGUCACUAGAGGCAAGGAUCUGCGUCCUGAUAUGGGAUAUUUGAUCAAGUCUACAACCAUCUUGUUCAAUGACUUACAAGUGGCGUACUUCCUUGUGUCGAACAAGAUGAUCAAAGCACACACCGAGAUUGUGUUGUGCACGCCAUCAUUA